AUGUCUGCAACCAGCUGGCUGGCACAGCUUAAACAACCACGGAAGCUCGCCUUCUACUUUUUCUUUUGGGUUUUCCAUUGGGCCAUUUUCGCGUAUGGCUGGUGGAAGCAAGCGGCCGAUAUACGAUUGGCAGGCCUCAACACCCUCACCUUCUCGGUAUGGAUAUCUCGAGGCGCGGGUCUGGUCCUCUCCGUCGACACACUAUUGAUCCUGCUGCCUAUGUGCAGAAAUGUCAUGAGGGUAAUCCGACCAAAGGUCAGAUUCCUGCCUCUCGAUGAGACUCAGUGGUUCCACAAACAGGUCGCCUAUGCCAUGCUCUUUUUCACCUGCCUGCACGUCUUGGCUCACUAUGUCAACUUCUUCAACGUCGAAAAGGACCAGAUCCGCCCCGGUAUUGCCCUUGACAUCCACUACAAACAAGCCGGAGGCAUUACAGGACAUAUCAUGCUCUUGUGCAUGCUGUUGAUGUAUACAACUGCCCAUCAUAAGAUCCGACAACAAUCCUUCGAAACCUUCUGGUACACUCACCACCUCUUCAUUCCUUUCAUGCUUGGCAUGUAUACCCACGCAGUAGGCUGCUUCGUCCGAGACACGACCGACCCAGUAUCUCCCUUUGCCGGCAACGAUUUCUGGGACCAUUGCAUCGGUUAUCAAGGCUGGAGAUGGGAGCUCUGGAGUGGUGGCAUCUACCUCUGUGAGCGCUUAUACCGUGAGAUCCGCGCACGCCGCGAGACCAAGAUUGUCAAGGUCAUCCGCCACCCGUACGAUGCCAUGGAAAUCCAAUUCCGCAAGCCGUCUAUGAAAUACAAGGCGGGCCAGUGGCUCUUCCUCCAGGUUCCAGCUGUCUCUUCCCAGCAGUGGCACCCAUUCACCAUUACCUCCUGCCCUUACGAUCCCUAUAUCUCGGUACACGUUCGCCAGGUCGGUGACUUCACCAAGGCUCUCGGCAAUGCUCUAGGUUGCGGUCCCGCCCAAGCCAAGGAUUUCGCAGCCUAUGAGGAUAAUGGCGUGUACGAGGUUGCUCUGAACCCUGGGCAGCAAAUGCCUGCUCUACGUAUCGAUGGCCCAUAUGGUGCUCCAGCAGAGGAUGUGUUCGAAAACGAAAUCGCCGUGCUGGUCGGCACAGGUAUCGGUGUCACGCCCUGGGCAUCCGUCCUCAAGCACAUCUACAACAUCCGAGCCGGCCCUAACCCGCCGAAGCGUCUCAAGCGUGUUGAGUUCCUUUGGGUCACUCGAAGCAUCGAAUCUUUUGAAUGGUUCCAGACCCUGCUUUCGUCACUUGAGAUGCAAUCUGAGCAGGCUGCCGCCACGAAUGGCGGACCUGAAUUCUUGCGCAUCCAUACCUACCUCACGCAGAAAGUCGACUCGAAUACUGCCGCCAAUAUCUACCUGAACACUGUAGGCAACAACCUCGACCCCCUUACUGAGCUCAAGACCAAAACCCAAUAUGGUCGGCCGGACUUCAAACGUCUGUUUGGCGCCAUGCGAGACGGUCUCAUGGACCAGAGCUACAUGGACAUGGGAGAUGUUAGCGUGACGGCAGCCACCAAGGCCACAGUCGGAGUGUACUUCUGCGGUCCUAGCGCAGCCGCUCGUGAGAUCAACGAGGCCGCUAAGGGCAGCAGUAAUGAACUGGUCAAGUUCAGGUUCUGGAAGGAGCAUUUCUAG